AUGAGUUCAGAAAGUGCUUCAAAAUUAGUUUCUGAUUUAACAAACAGUGCUAAGAUCUAGAACAUGAUACUAUAUUUCAGCUCAAACCAAAUUUAUGAUGAUAAUUUAAAAGACUUGAGUUCUCAUUUACACAAAUUCACUAAUCUUGAAACUUUGGCACUUGAAUUUUCAGUUAAUUCUAUUGGUGCUGAAGGAGCAAUAGGCUUCAGUUCUGCUAUAAGAUAGUGUAACUAACUCAGAUUUUUGGAGCUUUAUCUAUGGUAUAUAGAUAUAUAUUUUUUUGUUUAUUGA